AUGAUUUCCCCGCUUGUCCGGUACAAAUACCCCUUUGACGUUGUCCAGGGGUUAGAUCGUACCAAAGUCUACGCCGUCGAUGGUCAAUUUGCCUAUCUGAUGAUCAUCACCGAUGGUGGAUCGCCAUACCGGAUUUGUGGCUGCGACCGUUUCGACAUCAUGAAAAUUAUGGCGGAUCGGCAAUGUCACCGUCUGACACUUGAAGGAAUGGACAAUAUGAUUUCUCCGAAUGUUAGCGAAUUCGGUCUUUUCUACCGGUCUAAUGAUGCUGGCCCGCAGUUUCACUGCUGGUUGGCACAUGGCUUCAUUCACAAAACGCCACCCUACAACUAUUUCCGACGGAGCGAACGUGGCCUGUGGAACAUCAUUCUCAAAGAGAAUACUUUUGAAAUCGUUGAAGAGUACUUUCAAAUGGAUGAUUUCCCUGAAGCAUCCCUAACGGCGGCCAUGUUUUUGCGCGGACCUGAAAAACGGAUCAUGAUGUUGGCAACGGAUCAGUUUUGGGUGUACAAUUUUGUGAGCAAAAGCUGGAGGCACUACCCUCUGGUCGGGAGCGUGAUAGGAUGGUCACCGUACUUGCCGUGGAUCAGGAAGCAGGAGCUGGACUUGUAUUCCUGUGGCGAGCUUCACUUCCUGUCGAGAUGCUUCCUCGGUGACGUCCACAUUUAUUUGGUAGAUAUUGAUGACGUUGAAGGCACCAUUAAGCUUAACAAAAUGGUCGUACAUAGCCCCUUCAUGCACCUCACCUACAAGCCGUUCCGAAGCCCAAUUUGCGCUAAUUCGGAGUUUCUUAUCUUCAAUGCACAACGGUGGCUAGAGGUUUACCCCCUGAAGCCGAUCACAUUGAACUAUCGAGCAUGUUUGAAAGUGCAGGAAACUUACGCCGAGAAAGAAGAACAUCAAGAGCUUAAGAUCACCCUCAUUGUGAAGGGGUUGUCUUGGAAGGAAAUCAGGGAGCUCUACGUCGAGGGUCCUUCGGCGCUGUCCCCUAGAUGUGAAGUUUCACUCACUGACGUGCCAUGU